AUGCACCUAUGCCGUGAACGCAACAUAACAUCCAGAGAUCUACAACCGACCUGUUCCACCGAACCUGAACUUGCGACACACACAGACGACAUCCAAGGAAUCAUGAUGCUAUGGUCAUUCCGGUUACCAAGUGAGAAACAUUUUCAUUUCGUCGAUUCACCAUCAUCCCCAAAAGAUUUCAGGAACAUCAUUCGGUUUGGAAGGUCUCGAUCUUCCCCAAGUAAAAUUUUGGAUAGCUCAGAACUGCAAUUACUACACGAACAAUUCGGGCUAGAAUCGGGCUUGGCUUCUCAACCGUCCAUCUACUUUCACCUAAGCCCUGCUGAUUUUAAUAAUAAUGGAAACGGUUCUCAAUCAUGUGACAACCUCCCAGCGUCCGCAUCGAGACUGCGAUUGGGCACAUCCAUCUUGCCGAGUUGGGCGAAUACGUGA